ACACCAGACACUCCUAACAGGCGGCAGACGAGCGGCUCUCUCUCUCCAUUCACUGCAGUUUGGCUGUGCUGUACACUCCAGAGGGACAAUACUCUUAAACAGGUCUGAAGGAGCACUGCGUCUGUUCUGAGAAUAACGUUAAUACAUAGGCUUCAAGUACUCAGAGAGGAGCAAACUGGGAACUUUGGACCUGCAGCAACCAUCUACUUCAACAAGCCCUUAUCAGUUGCUAGGUAGUGGAGUGGUUUUCACCGGGACUUACAGGAUCCAGAUCAGCCAGAAAGACUCGUUUUGAUCCUUGCAGUCAACUCGAUACAUUCUGUGGCUUCACCAGUUCAGCCUGACCAUGGUUCUGUGUGCGGACGGCGAGUGCAGCGUCUGCCUCUUGCCCUACACGCGGAUGGACAGGAUCCCCCGGGUGCUCCACUGCAGACACACCUUCUGCGAACCGUGCCUGGAGACUAUGUCGCAGGCCCGGAGCGGGCUGCUCACCGUGGGCUGCCCUUUGUGUCGUCGGGUGACCUGCAUAGGACGCGGCCUCAGCCUGCAGGAAGCUCUGUGGGUCAACAGCAGAAUGUGGGAACAGAUACCAGAGGAUGACGAGGCCGAGGAGGGAGAGGAAGAAGGACUGAAACAAGAAGCUGAGGAGGAGAGGAUGGAGAUUAAACAACGACCCUCGUUACAAGCAGAAUGUGUUUCCUCCAGGUCCGCCAGAACAAAGCUCAAAUUGCCUGCGUUCUUCAGAAAGUUCAGUUUGACAAAGCAACACCAAGAGAAGAUUGUGCCUGGCAGUAAUGUGGAAAUGAAAUCCUGGCGCAGGCUUUCAACUGAGGAGACUAUUUAAGACGGAUCAAGGACGAUGAGUGACAAGUGACGGUUCCUCUCAGGAUAUUAUUCGGGGAUGGCAGACGCUACUAGAAGACACGACUCAACCUUGUCAGUGGAGGGAAAGUUGAGGCGGUUAGGACCGAGAAUCCAUUUGUGUUCCUGUCAAGGCAUUGUUUUGUCCUCAGCCAAAGGUGCCCUGUCUCCCCAUUAUUUAUUCUAGGCUUAAUUCUCCCAGCUGGUGCUGUGGGAUUUGGUUCAGCUGUCCCAGUGGGACUCACACCCAAAGACCCCCCGUAACAGAUGGUCUCCUGAGGACGUUCCCUUUUGCGUAGCCACUGCUGAACAUUAAAUAUAACGUAUUGUUUUUUUUUUCUGUAUUUAUGAUAGCUAGUUGACAAAGUAUUUAAUAAAACUAUUUUUUGAAAGAA